CGACCAAAAUGGCUCUUCACGCUGUCGCCGCCGGUCGAUCAAACAGCCAACUAAUCAACGGUUGCCGCCAUUUCAACUAACUACGCCGCCGCAAACGCAUCACAAUCUCUAAGCAGCAUCGUGCGCCCCAUGCCGGCCACUAGCACGUCUCUAAUGUCCGACGGCCAGCCGCCAGAAAUUUGAAACCGCCAAUUUUAUAAGUGGAAAGCUCACAUUAUGUUUGGUAUUUCGUACGGAGAGCUCUUCCUCAUUAUCGGUGCCACUGCAGCUCUUGUUGGACCUAAAGACCUCCCCAUAAUUGCGAGAACAGCUGGGAGAUUAGCUGGCCGAGCCAUUGGAUACGUUCAGUUAGCUCGUGGCCAAUUUGAUAAUGUUAUGCAACAGUCUCAAGCACGCCAGGUACAAAAAGAACUUCAAGAUGCAAUGCAGCAGCUAGAGGCAAUUCGUUAUGAAAUCAGAAGUGUAUCUCUUAUUAACCCUGGUCCCUUGACUCGAAAGCUGAUGGACAGUCCUCCAGAGCCUACUUCUAAUCAUGAUGACAACGCUUCAUCCCAAAAAUGUGAAGUAGACUAUCCAUCAACAGGCACUGUGUUAAAGGACCAUAGGUUCAAACCAUAUGGCUCAUUAGAUUUACACAGCCAAGCAACUGCAUUUGCAAGACUGGCUGAAUCUGAAGCUGUGAAGAGUGGUUCUUUAAAGAGCAUUGCAGAGAAAGAAAAUUCUGAAGAUGAAGCUGGUUUGUUUACUGUUCUUCCAGUAUCAGCCGAAAGCACUGGCAUGCUUCCAAAUCGCAAGGAGAGUGCAAAAGGAUCAGACAUUUUGUUGGAAGCUGUACUUGAAUCAGAGGUAGCGCAUAAUGCCAAAGAUUUCUUUUCUCAGCCUGAGAAUCAAAUGCCGUGAAUGAAAAGACACUGUAUAUAUGUUUGGCCUAAAUGGACGUGGUUCAGAAUGAUACAACUAAGGGGUAAUUUAAUGCCUCUGUUUCAGUUGGCUCAACUGCAUCUUGGGGAAGCUAUAUGAUCUUCAAGUGAAUCUUCAAUCAUUCAGGGACUGACAAACAGUUCAUUUCUGUAUUGCUAUGGGUAAUUUUUAUGGUUACAUACCCAUCUUUGUGGUCAAGAUGAUGCUUUCAUAUUAAUUAUGCAACUGUCUCUUUCAAAUUUAUAGUAAUAAAUCCAACAAACCCCACAUUUGCUUCA